AUGGGCGAUUCCCAUACCCAGAGCUCCAGCAAUGGCCCCGACCCGCGAGUGAGGCGGAAUACCGCGACAUCCUCCGUUCCCUCCUCCGGAGUCACCAGCAGUAACAGCGCAGCUCUCCCACCUCAGCGAAGGACUGUCAAACGCGAGAAGUCUGGCAACCCCAAGAAUAUGAAUGGUCCCCUCUACAUGCAGCGCAACGAAAACAUCGUUCUUGUUCGUCGCGUCAAAAGGAAGGGCGAGGGCCCUCUGAAGCAGCUGACGCGCUGGUUCGUUGAGAACCAGAUCGGCUUCGCUUUCAACCUCCUCGCUCUCCUCUUCCUCGCCCAUGGAUGUAUGCCUCGCGCCCGCUCCCACACCGGAAAGUACUUUACGCUCUCGUACUACAACCCAACGACCGGACAAUAUGGACUCGGCAAGGAUGACGGCUUCCUCAUCUUCUUCUGCAUCAUCCUGUUUACCGGCCUCCGCGCCGCCACAUUGGAAUACUUGUUCGCGCCGUACGCAAAGUCCAAGGGUAUUACCAAGAGGAAGGACAUCACCAGGUUUAGCGAACAGGCUUGGCUCCUGAUCUACUACAGCUUCUUCUGGACUCUCGGUCUCUAUAUCUACUGCCAAUCACCGCACUUCUUCAACCUCCGAGAGCUCUGGACGAACUGGCCCAACCGCGAGCUCGCCGGUCUCAUGAAGGGAUACAUGCUUGCCCAGCUUGCCUUUUGGCUGCAGCAGAUUAUUGUCAUCAACAUUGAGGAGCGCAGAAAGGACCACUGGCAGAUGUUUACCCAUCACAUCAUUACCAUCUGCCUUAUCUACGCCUCUUACAGAUAUGGCCACACCCGUGUGGGCAACCUUAUUCUGGUCUUGAUGGACGUUGUGGACUUGUUCCUUCCGCUCGCCAAGUGCCUCAAAUACCUCGGCCACUCCACCGCCUGCGACUACAUGUUCGUCGUCUUCAUGGUCUCCUGGUUCGUCGCUCGCCAUGUUUUGUUUCUCACGGUCUGCUACUCCGUCUACGUGCACACGACCGCCAUCAUUCCGUACGGCUGCUUCUCCGGUCAUUCCGGCAACUUUACUGGUCCCUACCAGCCGCCCGCCGAUAAAGGCGUUCUCUACCUGCUCGAGCCGCUCUGGAAAUCCGACGGACCGGUGUGCUAUGACGACACGGUCAAGUGGACCUUCCUCUCGAUGCUGCUCUUCUUGCAAGCCCUAACCAUCAUGUGGUUCUCGCUCAUCAUCCGCGUAGCCAUGCGCGUGCUCAAGGGCGAGGGAGCCGAUGAUACGCGCAGUGAUGAUGAGGGCUGUGAGGAUGUUGAUGCGGAGGAUGAUGAGGAGGAGUCCGAGUUUGUCUACGAGGAGGCUCACGCGCUGGCGGAGGAGGUUGGCGUUGAUGAGCUCGACCUCAAGAACUGGGCGGAGAGAAGACGCGGCGGCGCCGGCGUUGGCGGGGUGACGGCCACGGGCGUGAGUCUCCCUGGACAUAGCGAUCGGAAGGAACUGCUCGGUCGGAUUGGGUGUGAGAAGCAGGUUGAGUGA